AUGGAGGCUAACCAACUUUAUGCGGCUGGACGAGACAUUACUUAUUCAGAAUAUCCCACCAAAUUUGUUUGGAAAGACGACACAAGAGAAUGGCGCCCUAGAAAACAGGGUUUCUCAAUUGGUAGAAUUUCACAUGUGCCUCCAUCAUGCGGCGAGGACUAUUACUUAAGGAUCCUUCUGAACGUUCAAAAAGGUUGCACGAGUUUUAAAGACAUUCUCACUGUGAAAGAAGUGACCUACAGUACUUUUAAGGAUGCGUGUUGUGCUCUUGGUUUGCUAGAAGAUGACAAAGAAUUUGUAGACGCAAUAAAAGAGGCCAGCUUCUGGGGGUCAGGAGAGUAUCUUAGAAGACUGUUUGUGGUGUUGUUGAUGUCUAACAACAUGUCAAAUCCCGAGGUAGUUUGGGAUAAGUGCUGGCAAGAGCUUUCAGAUGAUAUUCUCUACAGACAAAGAAGACGCUUAGAUUACCCAGGACUGAAUCUAACAGAUGAUCAGAAAAAAAACCUGGCGCUCGCUGAGAUUGAGAACAUGCUACAAAACAAUGGCAGGAGCCUGCACAAUUUUGUUUCCAUACCUUAUCCUUCAGACAUUGUUGUCGAAGACGUUGGACAAAGACUGAUUGUAGAGGAGUUGAAUUACGACAGGAAUGAAAUGAGUGAAUACUUGGACCAAUGUCUCUCCUCAAUAACUGACGAACAAAGGCAUGCGUAUGACAAAAUAAUUAACACCGUCUAUGGAAACAAAGGUGGAUUUUUCUUCCUGUAUGGCUACGGUGGGACGGGUAAAACCUUUGUCUGGAAAACGCUUUCAGCAUCCAUUCAAUCAAGAGGUGAUAUUGUUCUCAAUGUGGCUUCAAGUGGUAUUGCUGAACUGUUGUUGCCUCGAGGAAGGACGGCGCACUCCAGGUUCAAGGUUCCCAUACCUAUAACUGAGGAUUCAACAUGCAACAUAAAGCAUAACAACCCUCAUGCUAAAUUGCUGAUAAAGGCGAAACUGAUCAUUUGGGACGAAGCUCCUAUGAUGAGUAAAUGGUGUUACGAGGCUUUGGAUAAGUGCUUGAGAGACAUUUUGAGGUUCACCCCAGGAUAUGACUCCAGCUUGCCGUUCGGAGGAAAAGUUGUGGUUCUGGGCGGUGAUUUCAGGCAAAUCUUACCUGUAAUUCCAAGGGCAUCCAGGCAAGAUGUCAUCAGUGCAACAAUAAAUUCAUCCUAUCUAUGA